AGAACGGUGAACGAUAACGUUUCGUGAGCAUGUACACACAAAUGUUAUCAGGGCAUUUCCGUUACAAAUUCAGGUAAAAGAUUAAUCUACAACAGAAUGCCCCAAAAGGUAGCAGUUAUCGGAGCUGGUGCAAGCGGACUGACAGCCAUCAAAUGCUGCGUGGACGAGGGUUUACAGCCCGUGUGUUUCGAGAGAACAGACCACAUAGGCGGACUGUGGUAUUACACGGAGGACUCUACCGACGGACAGGCAUGCGUAAUGAAAUCAACAAUCAUCAACACCAGUAAGGAAAUGAUGUGUUACAGCGACUACCCAAUACCCAAGGAAUUCCCAAUCUACAUGCAUAAUAAAUACGUUCUCAAGUACUUUAACCUGUAUGCGGACAAAUUCAACGUUAGGAAGUACAUUAACUUCAAAACACAGGUGGAAUCAGUAAAAAUGUGUCCCGAUUUCAAAACAUCGGGGCAGUGGAACAUCACAGUAAAGGAUUUAACAACAGGAAAGACACAGGACCACGUGUUUGACGCCGUCAUGUUGUGCACGGGACAUCAUGCUGAUAAAAAUACCCCGGAUUUUCCUGGUUUAAAGUACUUCCAGGGGAAAGUGAUACACAGCCAUGAUUACAAACGACCCCAGGGGUACGAGGACAAACGAAUUGUAGUCAUCGGUAUAGGAAACUCGGGCAGUGACGCCUCCGUGGAAUUGAGUCGUGUUGCAAGUCAGGUAUUUUUGAGCACACGAAGAGGGGCGUGGGUGUUUAAUCGAGUGGGAGACUAUGGCUGCCCAAUUGACAUGCAAAUAUCGAGAAGAUUUGUGAGAGCUCUAAUGGCUGUGAUGAGCAUCUUUAUAAACCAGAGUAAGGCUGUAGCCAAGAAAUUAAAUGAAAGGUUCGACCACGCCAAAUAUUCAUUGCAACCAAAUCACUCUCCUUUGGCACAGCAUCCAACUGUGAAUGAUGACCUCCCCAACAGAAUCAUCAGUGGAUCUGUGAAAGUCAAACCCAAUGUCAAGAAAUUCACCAAAACUGGCGUUGAAUUCGAAGACGGGACUUUCGAAGAUGACAUCGAUGUGGUAUUUUUAGCCACGGGUUACAAAUUCGGUUUCCCGUUCCUGGAUAAAUCUGUUAUAGAAGUUGAAAACAACAAAGUUGAGUUGUACAAGAAUAUGUUUCCUCCUGCCCUGGAAAAGAACACACUGGCGUGUAUUGGAUUCAUUCAGCCGCUUGGUGCAAUAAUGCCAAUUUCUGAACAGCAGAGUAGGCUUUUUACUAGAGUUGUCAAGGGAGAUGUCACUCUUCCUAGCAGAGAUGAGAUGUGGAAAGAUGUUCGGACAAAACUGGACGCCAUGCGAAAACAGUUUGUGGCGAGUCCAAGACACACAAUUCAGGUGGAUUACGUAAAACACAUGGACGAAUUGUCAAUAUUGAAUGGAAAUUAUCCUUAUUUAGGCAAGUUGAUGUUGACUGACCCGAAACUUGCCUCACCUGUCUUCUUUGGCCCAGUAACUCCUUACCAGUACCGAGUUAUGGGCCCUGGGAAAUGGUCCGGGGCCAGGAAAGCCAUAUUUACGCAGUGGGAGCGGAAUGAUUACCCACUUGCCACCAGACCACUUGGAAUUUCUACAAAAGCUACGGACCAAUACAGGCCAUUCUGGACAAUAUGCUUUGUCAUUCUGAUAAUAACCCUGCUUAUUCAGUAUCUAUGGAUUGACAGUUUACUCCAUGCACUGACAGGAAUGAUAAACUGUGAUAUUCAUAAAUGGGGUUGUGGAGAAACAUGGUUUACAUCUACAUCCUUACUUCUGAAAACAAUGUCCACUUCAAAACCAUGUAUUAACAAGACAACAGUAUUUUUUCCAGUGAGGAAGAAGACCAUGAAAGACACCACCAGUUUAUAAAAAAAUCCGUUCAAUAAAUAUAUUAAACUUUACUGCUUUGGGGAAAGUAUAUUGAUAUAUUGGUAAGAAAGUAAUUUUCUAAAGAAUCAGCAGCUCACAUUUUGAUUACUUUGAUAUGAUAGGAAUUAGUCACUAUAUAUUUUGGGUAUGGAUCCAAAAUACACAUCUUUAUUAAGUUGAAUGAACAUGUUUGCUCAAUUUUUACACAAGUAGUGCAUCAUAUAGCAUAUUAAAGCUUUCUAAUCCGACUCUUUUAUUUUAUUUUUAAGGAACUGGAACACGUUCUAAAUAUAUUCAGGGACAGCAAGGCUCGUCAUGGAUCAAUCAUUACCAAAUACAGAACACUGCAAGGCUUGCUAAAAUGAAGACCUCAGUAAAAGAUUUCUAAAUUAUCCACUAAUGGCAGCUCACUACCUGCCCCCUAGUGAUGUUAAAAGAGGCUGUUGUUCUCAUUUGUUCCAAAACAGGAAUGCCAUAUGAGGAGGCCAACAGAAGAUACACCUCCACUGAGUGUGCAAUCACAAAACGAAUAAAUUAUUAUUAAUUCU